CGGCGGUCACUGCUCAGGUGUGGACGCGCCUUAAUGAUAAAACCGUUUAGGUCGUCAGAUAAUACGCACAAUGUCCGCAGGUUAUCGCGUUUGCUUUUGUUGUGUUAUUAUUUACCAAUAGUCCGAAACGCAAACAUUGGGUUCUGGUGCACAGUUCAAUAUUAUUGUAAUACUUUCCUAACUCAGUAAGUACUCGUUCUUUUGUCCAGCUGCGAACUGCAAGUACCGUAUCGUUUAUCACCGUUCAAAGUCCCCCGAGACCAAUUGCAUCAAAAUUCAUUCAUACCGAUGCGUAUAGUUUUCAAUACUCGUUGCACACAAUAACCGCGCCCGACACGAGAAAAUAAAGUAUUCUGAAAAAUGGCCAAACCGAUAGUCGUGCUUUUCGGAAUUUUUUUAAUAUUCGUGCGCAAUGGCGCGCUACAGGUCGCCGUUCCUGAGGAUCCACUGUCGGACGAGUUCAUCGAUCACAUAAAUUCCAUUCAAAAUCUGUGGACAGUACGUCCUGGCCGUCGAUGUCGAUUAUUGCAUAAAUAUUCGUACAAUUAAUUGGUUAUUCUUUUUUUGUUUUGCUCUUUCAGGCGGGCCGCAAUUUCCACAAAAACACUCCGCUGUCCUACCUCAAAGGUUUGAUGGGCGUGCAUAAGAGCAACGAGGAUUAUCCGAAAUUGGAACAGUUGGUGUCCUAUUCGGAAGUGUCGAACCAAUUGCCAGAAAAUUUCGACGCCAGAGAACAUUGGCCAGAAUGCCCGACCAUCAAAGAAGUCAGAGACCAAGGCUCGUGCGGAUCCUGUUGGGUACAUUUUUCCUUUAAAUUAAAUAAUUGCACUCGUUAUACAUUAUUUUUUGUUUUAGGCUUUCGGAGCCGUAGAAGCCAUGUCCGAUCGUGUUUGCAUUCACUCUAAAGGUGCGGUUAAUUUCCAUUUUUCUGCCGAAAAUCUAGUCUCUUGUUGUUGGACGUGUGGUUUUGGAUGCAACGGUGGCUUCCCCGGAGCUGCAUGGCACUAUUGGAAGACCAAAGGUCUCGUUAGUGGAGGACCCUAUAAUUCUCAUUUGGUAAUUUUAUUAUUUUGACUAUGCCUAUUGUUAAAUUUAAAAUCAAAUGCAUGUAACAUCGCUUGUAUAAUAAUUAAAAUGUUUAUGUAUACAGGUUUUUUUUUAAAUAAAGUUACAUAUUCAAUAUUAAUGGUGAAUAUUUUGAUUAUAUUUUACUCAUUGUUUGAAUAUUAUGUAUGGCUGUUUUUUUUUUUUUAAUUGCAUGUUUUCAUAACUACAUGUAUAUUACUAAAUUAUUGAGUAUUAAUUAUCAGUGACACAAUAUUUUACAGAAAUAAUAACUUUAAUUUGAUACUAUUGACUUAGGGAUGUAUCCCUUAUGAGGUUGCUCCAUGUGAACAUCACGUAAAUGGUACUCGCGGACCAUGCAAAGAAGGAGGUAAAACUCCUGCAUGCGUUAAAAAAUGCCAAGAUGGAUACAAGAUACCAUAUGAAAAAGAUUUGCAUUUUGGUAAGCAAUUUAAAUCUGUUCAUAUUAUCAAAUCUAUUAACUCUUUGAAGGUCAGAUACUUGUAAUUUUUACAAUAUACUAAUAAAUUAAAACAGCAAAAAAAUUACCUCUUUUAAUCAAUAGGUAUAAGGCCUCUGCCAUUUCUGAUAAUAAUUUUUGAAAUGGUUAUUAUUAAGUUUUUUCUCAGUUCCUAAUGCAAAAAAAAAAAAGAAAUAAAUAGUAGUAGUACUCAUUUUCACCUCUCAGAAGUAAAUAAGUAAUACAAACGUUUAUAACUAAAUUAAUAUGUAUAACAACAUUUAUUAGGUAAGUCUUCAUAUUCAAUUGGAAACAGCGAAGAUCAAAUCAAACAGGAAAUUUAUAACAAUGGCCCGGUGGAAGGAGCAUUUACAGUUUUUGAAGAUUUUGUAGCCUACAAAUCUGGUAAAUUUUAACAUUUAUUAAAUUGCACUUAGUAUUUUAUAAAAAUUUUAAACCACAGUGAAAAAUUAAGAAAAAAAAAACUACACCUUUUUUUGUUCAUUAUUAAAUUAAAAUAAAUAAAAUGUUAUAUUAUGUAAAAUAGCAUUUUAAUAUUUUACUUAUUAUGAUAUUUAUUUUACCGUGUUCUAUAAUAAUUUUUUUUUUCUAUGAUUUAUGACUAAAUAAUAUUAAAGUAUAAACUAAUAUUUAUUUUGGGUACGCGUAACUAUAUAAGUAUAGUACCUAUUAUCUAUGACAGAAGUAUAAUAUAUUUUCUGAACGAUAAUGAAUUAUUUAAUUAUUCACUGAAAAUGUUUCAACAAGAAAUUUACUUUGCAUUUAUUUUAUAUAAUUAAAGAUAAAAUUUUAAUCUAUUAAAAAUAUCCAGAUGUGAAAAUAAAUUAAUACUAGAAUUUAUAUAGUAAUAAAUGUUUUUAAUUUUAAAAUGUUAACUUUUUUGUUGUUAUUGAUGUUUCACAGGCGUAUAUAAACACGUUGUUGGCAAGGCUCUUGGUGGACACGCGAUUCGAAUCCUCGGUUGGGGUGUAGAAGAUAGUAUACCAUAUUGGUUGGUGGCCAAUUCAUGGAACUAUGAUUGGGGCCAGAAUGGAUUUUUUAAAAUAUUGAGAGGAUCUGAUGAAUGCGGCAUUGAAGGACAAAUUAACGCUGGUAUACCAGCUUAACUAAUAAAUUAUUGUAAGAUUAAAAAUGUGUUAAAUCUCAAUUUUUUUAAAUUUAAUUAAUCAUCUGAUAUAUACUUAUAGAUAAUUUAAAAAAAAAAUUAUAUUUAUUUAUAAAUACUCAUAGACACUAUAUUUUGUUGAAUAAGAUAAAAAAAAUAAAAAAUAUUAUUUUUGUACCAUCUACUUAUAUAAUCUUGUACUUUUCAAUUAAAAAUCAAAUCAAACUCUCCUAUAUUUGAUUAUUAUUGAUUUAUAUUUGUUAUAACUAAAGUCCAGAUUUAUAUUCUGUUAUAACGUUUAACAUGAUGUUUAAAUGUUAAAUGCAUCAAAAAUUGAUGAAAUAUUCUUGAAAUUCUUAAAAUAUUCC